UUUCCAACAACCCAAUAUAUCAUUCUCAUGUUGUGUUUGGGGUGGAGGAAGUUUACUUUGGCUUUGUUUUUCAGCUGAGUGGGGAAACUGAGGCAUAGAGCAAUUCAGUCACACAGCUAACAAACGACUAUGCCGAAUCCUGGACACACAUUCUUCUGGAAGCAGGCCAACACAUCCCAAAAAUUCGUUCCCCAAAAGGCACAUUUUCCAAGUAAUUGCUUCACUGGAUUGAACAUUCCACCCACCUCUUCCCAAGUUUUGGUCUUCCCCCUACUUCUGCCCUUGCCUCAGCCUCAGAGGUUCUCCAGUGAAACCUUAGCUGGACUCUGCCUUAGUCUGUUUGGGCUGCCAUAAUGAAAUGCCAUAGACUGUCUGAAACAACAGAUGUGUAUUUCUCACAGUUCUGGAGGCUGCAAAGUGUCAAUCAAGGUGCUAGCUGAUUGCGGCCCUGGUGAGAACGCCCUUCCUGGCUUGCCGAUGGCCACCUUCUCACUGUGUCCUCACACGUUGGAAAGAGAGAGCAAGCUCUGUCCUAUCUCUUCCUGUAAGGGCACUAAUCGCAUUAUGAGGGCCCCACCCUCAUGACCUCCUCCCACCCUAAUUACCUUGCAAGGGCCCUAUCUCAUACAUCACUUUGGGUGUUAAGUGAUUAUUUUAUGAAUUUGGGGAGCACACAAACAGUCCAUGACACAAUCCUGCAACAUUCCAUGGCAGAAGUGGAUCAGACCUGGGGAAAGGAUAAAUCUGCAGAACUAGAAAAGACAGUGCGUAGCAUUUGAGAGAAAGUUCCCUAUGCUCAUGAAAAAUUAAACUUUGCCAUAUGAACCCACUGAUCAGUGCUCAUAUGACACAGAGAAAGAUACAAUGUAUGAGGUGGGCCUGCCAAAAAAAAAAUAAAAAAAUCAAACCUGAGUCUGAUCUUACCUGUAGAUCUACAACAGUUUAUAGGGAGAAUAGAGGCCUGGGAAUAUUUUAAGUGGCACUGUGGGGUGCAAUCAGCCAGGUCCAAAAUUUGAGAAAUUUUAUAGGACAAACAAUUGUAUUUAUUUACAAAUAUAGGGAAGAGAGAAGAGGGACUUUUACAUGAAAAGAGAUGAGACACAUGAACCAAAUGCCAUGUGUGGUAGACUUUGGAUCCUGAUUAGAACAAACCAACUGUACGAUAACCAUUGAUGAGACAAUAGGACAUUUACAUACUGAUUGGAUUUUUGAUAUUAAAAAUUAUUAAUUUGCAAGAAGGGCUAUUAAUAGAGUUGUAGUCACUAUUUUAUUUUAUUGGAUUUCUUGUGGACUUUUCAAGGUUAUUUACUACCCAGAUCAUCAUACAAAAGAGCAUUGGGAAACAUAGUAGAUAAUGCCUUUGAUUGGUUUUUAGCAGAAGGUAGUGAAAGAAUCCUCAUUUUUUUGGAGCACCAUCUAGAAUUGUUUAUGGAUGAAAUUACAUGAUUUCUGAGGUGUGCUUCAAAAUAAUCCGAAUGUAUGUGGAGGAUGAGGGAGAGGAGUAGGAGAGCAGACAGACAGAACAACCAGGCUGGCCGUGUGUUCGUUGGCAAUUGUUGAAUCUAGAUGUUGGGUUGUUAGGUAUGAGUUUCCACUUGCGUGUGUUUGACAACUCCCGUGGUAAGAGGUGUCACAAAUAAUAAGUAAAUAGCUCUUGUAAAAAGUUCUUACAAACUUGGCAAACAGGCUUUCAGGAAGUGGAUUUCAGGUCACUGACCUUGAGCCCUUUCCUCUUGACCACACCCUUCAUGAGUUUUCUUCUCCAGUGGAGGGUAGAAUUGUAGAGAAAGGAUGUUAUUCAAGAGGCCCAUCUACUCUUGUUUGUUUUUCUGACCUGAUUUCAAGGACCCAGAUAUAAUUUCUGCCGGGCAACUGGGUUUUUCGAUGCGUGGCAUGAUGCCACCUCUGCGCUCCCAAAUUGGCUCCUGCCACAUGGCCUCCUUCUGUGACAGUCCCAACAGGUGGUUCCAGCCUGAAGCCAGGCAGGAUGUCAUAUGCUCCCUGUGGAAGAGUUUCCUGGCAUCCUUGGGUUCUCCGAAGUGAUAUUCCCAACAACAGGGCUUGGCUUGAGGUCUUUCAGCUUAAAAAACAAAGCAAAACAAAACAAAACAAAACAGCAUUUUAAUUAUCUAAGCGGAAUUGCUCUCCCAGCCUGGAUGGAGGCAUUCAAUCAACAGUUUUCUUUGCUCCAGUGAUAAGAUCAGUGAUUUUUUCCCCGUGAUGUCUUUGGUGUUGGGUCAUUCUGAAAUGGAUUCCUGACCAAGAAUGAGGCCACUCUAGUGAUCCAAGCAAAGUGGCUUUAAGAAGAAAAGACCCCUGUGAUGGUUGCUCAUGGUCAGAAGCCAAUGGAAUAAGGCUGGAAAUCAACCAGCAGGUCCACAAGUGUUAGGCAGCCUCCCUGUGCACGGGCUCUUUCUUCUAGAAAGGGAGAUGUCUUUGCAGCCCCAAGGUCAACAAAUACCCAUUGCAUCUAAUUGAGUUUGAGGAAACCUUUCAGAAACAUGAAGCCCUCAACCACCUGGAACUCAGAAACUCACUGGGGACCGACGGCAGCAGCUUCUAGAACAUCCAGGUGUUCUGCAGAUGUGAGCUUUUGUCCUGCGCUCACUCCCCAGCUGGAGUCCUGAACAGAUGCAAGGCUUGGGCUCUAAUAUCCCAGAGCCCAGAGGGGUCACUCUCUAAGUGACCAAAGGCCGGUUGUUGUCACUGAUAUCUGAUUGCUGUGCACAGCCAGUCAUCUUACGGAGCCGCAGUGGGGAAAGCCAACUUUGGGGUUACAAGUUUCCUGACUCUCUUGAAUUAGGAUUCCAGAUGGGGGCCUCAUUUCUUUAGCUCGCACCUUCCCUCUGGGCACCACCACCACCUCCUGCAACACCAGUGUCUUCUUGCAAACCUCCAGUCUCCAGGGACUCCCUUCAUUGAAAGGAGCAGAAGCGGGGCUCUCAGAGACGUCUCUAGUGGUGGCCCCCCCAUCAUUCCAGACAGUCGGACUCCCCCGCUUACUGCCAUGGCCUGGCUUUCUCUAAAAGUGUUACUGGUGGGGGUGAGCUUCUUGGGAUGUCUUUAUCCUCUUGUGGAUUUUUGCUUCAGUGGGGAAACAAGAGGCCAGAAACCGAAUUUUGUGAUCAUUUUGGCAGAUGACAUGGGGUGGGGUGACCUGGGAGCAAACUGGGCAGAAACGAAGGACACUGCCAACCUUGAUAAGAUGGCUGCUGAAGGAAUGAGGUUUGUGGAUUUCCACGCAGCUGCCUCCACCUGCUCACCCUCCCGGGCCUCCCUGCUCACUGGCCGGCUUGGCCUUCGCAAUGGAGUCACACACAACUUUGCAGUCACCUCAGUGGGGGGCCUUCCACUCAACGAGACCACCUUGGCUGAGGUGCUACGGGAGGCUGGCUACGUCACUGGGAUGAUAGGCAAAUGGCAUCUUGGGCACCACAGCUCUUAUCACCCCAACUUCCGUGGGUUUGAUUACUACUUUGGAAUCCCUUACAGCCAUGACAUGGGCUGCACGGACACCCCGGGCUACAACCACCCUCCGUGUCCGGCAUGUCCACGGGGCGAUAGACCACCAAGGAGCCCUAAGAGGGACUGUUACACUGAUGUGGCCCUUCCUCUGUAUGAAAACCUGAACAUUGUGGAGCAGCCUGUGAACCUGAGCGGCCUCGCGCAGAGGUACGCCGAGAAAGCUACCCAGUUCAUCCAGCGUGCAAGCACCAGCGGAAGACCUUUCCUGCUGUACGUGGGCCUGGCCCACAUGCACGUGCCCGUGCCCUUCACCAGGACGCCGCUGUCAGCAGACCCCCAGGACUGCACACCAUAUGCGUCAGGCCUCCGGGAAAUGGACAGCCUGGUGGGCCAGAUCAAAGACAGAGUCGACCGCACAGCAAAAGAAAACACAUUCCUUUGGUUUACAGGAGACAACGGCCCGUGGGCUCAGAAAUGUGAGCUGGCAGGCAGCGUGGGUCCCUUCACUGGAUUGUGGCAAGCUCAGCAAGGGGGAAGUCCAGCCAAGCAGACCACCUGGGAAGGAGGGCACCGGGUCCCGGCUGUAGCUUACUGGCCUGGCAGAGUCCCCAUCAAUGUCACCAGCACCGCCUUGUUAAGUGUGCUGGACAUCUUCCCCACCGUGGUAGCCCUGGCCGGGGCCAGCCUGCCCCCAGGCCGAUGCUUUGACGGCCUGGAUGCCUCAGAGGUACUCUUUGGCGGGUCGCAGACUGGGCACAGGGUGCUGUUUCACCCCAACAGCGGGGCGGCUGGAGAGUACGGAGCCCUACAGACUGUCCGCCUGGAGCAUUACAAGGCCUUCUACGUCACUGGUGGAGCCAAAGCCUGUGAUGGGAGUGUGGGUCCUGAGCAGCAUCAUGAGCCUCCCCUUGUUUUUAAUCUAGAAGAUGUUGCAGAAGCUGUGCCUCUAGAGAGAGGUAGUGCCGAGUACCAGCGCGUGCUGCCCAAGGUCAGAGAGGCUCUGGCGGACAUCCUUCAAGACGUGGCUCACGACAACAUCUCCAGAGCGGACUACACGCAGGACCCCUCAGUAACUCCCUGCUGUAAUCCCCACCAAAUUGCCUGCCGCUGCCACAUCACCUCCCAGACCGACGUGUCCACAAGCAGACACAUCAGGAAAUGAGAUGGGGCAAGUUCACACCCCAGCUUCAGUCUUACCCUCUUCAGUUAUGUCUGCUUUACAAAUAAGUCUCAGAAGUUUGUUUUGAAGCUGCCACCUUGCGUCCCCCUCUGUCCGUUCCUUCGGCAUGCUGGCUGGAGAGGACAGCUGUGGUGAGCCUUAUGGGAAGUGCACAGGCUUCAGAGUCAGAUCAGGUUCAAGCCCCAGCUUUUGAACUUGGGCCAUUAUAUAUAACCUGACUUGCAAGCUUAUGUGAGGAUUCAGUAAGACAGGACAUGAAAGUGCCUGGCACGUUCCCUGACACUUGAGGCAGGCACUCAGUCCAUUUUAGGUUUUUUUGUUUGGUUUUAAUGCUCCCAGUUUCACUGGUCAUUUUAGCAGAGAUUCAUUCCAGCUGGUAUCUAAAGCAGGGCUCCUCCAUCUUUAAUACGCACACAGAUCGCCUGGGAUCUUGUGAAAAUGCAGGUUGUGGCUUGAUAGGUCUGGGCUGGGGCUGAGAUCAUCCAUUUCUGGGACACUCCUGGGGUUGCCUUGAGUAGCAUGGAUACAGACUAGACAAAGUCAGAUGUUUGAGGUCUCCAGGCAGAAGAGCCCGCACGUUAAGUCAUGGCCUGACCCACCUCCCCCAACCUCCUUUUAAAGGUCAAACGGCUGUCUUUUAAAGAGUUUAGGCAUUCUUUCUGCUUCCUAAAACCAUGAAGCAAGACAUUUUUAGAGCCUCAAAAAUGCAUUGCCAUCAUUUUAUUAUUAGUGUCCUAAACGGGACUCAAAGGUAAUAAAUGAUUUAUUCUAAUCACUGCAACAAUACUUUGGCUAAAAUAGUCUCUCUCUAGAUGAAGUAUACAAGAAAUACAAUUAGAAGACAUUUCCCUAUAAGUACAUUUUUACACAGCAUACAUUUGAAAAGGAUGCCCUUUUUAAUAUAAAAGUCCGGUUAUAGACCAAUAUGGUUAGUUCGUGUCGACACUAUGGCUGUAAUAUAUUUUAAAUAGCGGGAUGUGUGCACAGCGUCCCCCACACCCUCCGGCAGCCAGGGCUGAGCGGGGCUUGGGGAGCAGUGAACCAUGUCCUGUGGCUUAAGCAGGAGGCACCUGGGAGUCCAGCCCCCCAUGCGGUGCCCACAACCGCACUCCGUUCUUCCACCUUCCUUGUUUCUCCAGAACCACCUGACAGGGGGUGUCCUGAUUUCUGAGGUGCGCGGCUCAUCAUGACUGCUUCGUUUUGCCCUUCUGACUUCCACGGCACAACAUUAUCUACCGAAAUCAAAACAGAAUGGCCUUACUCUCUCCAGGAAGAGGCUGCCAGGCAGGCUGCGUGAUCGACAGAUCUGUGCCCACGCGGGGUUGGCGGGGGCGGGCUGGGCACACAUGGCCACAGACAUUCACCCCCCUGCGUAGGUGUGGGUGAGGAUGGCACAGUUUCAGAAGACACUGACUGUAGAUAAAAUAGGUAUAUGUGUAGUUUUUCAAAAGGCUCAUCUUGUAAACACAGGCUGCUAAAUCCCUAUUAAAAAGUCAGGAAAUA